AUUUUUGGUGUUUUGCUGUCAUUAUAGGUGUGGUUAGAAAUGGAUCAUGGCAAUUGUGAUCACACACACUGCACAUCUGCAAACCAAUCGGUUUGUCAGACACUAUCUGAAAUGGAAUGGGAGAGAGGAAUAUGGAAUGCUGCUUUUAAUGGUGACAAAGAGAAAGUGGACAUGUUAAUACACAAAGCAAACAAUCCUAAGGAAUUUGUGAAUAUGCCAGACAAUUCUGGGUACACCGCAUUACACUAUGCCGCACGUAAUGGUCAUGUAGACAUAUGUAGAACACUGCUGGGGACGGGAGCAUGUGUUGACGCUCAGACUAGUGGAUUGGCAACACCACUUCAUAAAGCUGCUGCUGCAGGUAAAGCAGCUACCCUAAACUUCCUUAUUCAGUGUGGAGCAAAUGUGCUAAUGCAAGAUACGGAUGGCCAGACUGUUCUUCACAAGGCCAUAGCUAAUAAACGUUCAGACCUGAUCAACAUUUUACUACAAGCAUGCCCUGAACUUGCUAAUGUUAAGGACAAGAGAGGUCGUGUUGCAGCCGAACUUUCACAGAACUGAAUAAUUUGAUAUUUGGAGAUUAUAGUCUAUUGCAGUGCCUUUCAAUAUGCGGGGUCGCGACGCCUCUGCCAACCAUAAAGCAAUAUAUACAUAUUUAAGCAAAAUAUUUUGUACAUGCUAAGGAGGUUGCGACAUGAAGUUUGAAAAACACUGGUCUAUUGAAUUGGAACAAGCUCAACUUGUCAGACAUUUUCUUUUUUCAUGCUUUCUAUAAUUUUAUUAUUUAAACCAUAUAUCAUUGAUGUUGAGAUUGUUAGUUAUACAAAUUUAUUACUGUUACUUUAGCUGUGCUGGAGGCCCCGAAAAUCGGUACCUAAGCAGGUACGGGUACGCUCCGCGAUUGUUGAGUCAAUUAGGGUUCUAGUUCUAGCUAAAUUGGUUGUCAAUACUUAGGCUAUGGAAUGGAUAUGGUAUGUCCAACUGAGCUAGAACGCUAAAUGGCUCAACAAUCGCGGAGCGUGACUGUACAAGUGUGCAUUGCUAUUAUGUAAAAAUUAUAUUGUGUGGGCCCCAUUUCAUAUACAAUGAUAUAGGACUUGAAAACUUUAGACUAAUAUUGUAUAUAGGUCUGAAAUGGUCCCUAUAUUGCUUACAUUACCUAUAUUAUUUUAUAUUUAUUAGAAAGCCAUAUUUUUUUAUUGACAUCGAAUAUUGUUUACUUGUUUGAUAUAAUCUAAUUACAUGGAAAUUACAAAGUUAAAGCUGUAUUUAUGUUAAUCAUUAAGUUGUUUAUUCAAUUGUUAUAUUUUUUUCGUAUAGUGUAAUUUUUUUAUCUUGCAGCCCUGUUAGUGUUCUUUACAUUUAAGUUCUUACAAGUUGCUGUGUUAGGUUUAUUAAAUUACUAGCUUUUGCCGGCGACUUCGUCUGCAUGGAAUUAGUAAUUAGGGUACCUACCUUAAUUUUUAAACAAAUCUGCUUUUUAUUACACCCUUUGUUUCGCCCUCAAACAAAAGAGUGACUAAUUAGUCAAAAAUGCGAACAGUCUUUAUUUGUAACGAAAGGUCUUUUAAUCCCUUUUUACAAGCUUUUAUUUAACUUGCAAUGUACCUCUAUAUGUUUGUACGGGUCAAAUCUUGCAAGUUACAUUUGACCCACUUUCCGACUUCCAAUGAAGCUGAAAAUUUGCAUACAUAUGUAAGUCUGGUAACAAUGCAAUGUUAAAUCGAGCUCAUCUGAUGAUGGACACAGGAGGUGGCCAUAGGAACUCGGUUAUAAAACAACGCAAUGCAACCUAAUUAUGUUUGGGAUUUUUAGAAUUGUCUCGAUGGGUAUUAGUUGCUUGUGGUAAGUACAGUCAGCGCUAAAAGCUUGUACCAAAAAUUAAAUUUUUGCCAAAAACUUACCAACUUAUUAAAUUAUUUUUUUUAGUUAUUAAUUUUGUAUCUUCACUUCACUUCCACCUCCAAGUUGGAGAAGUUCAAGUUGAAGAAGUUUCAUUUAAAUCUGUUAGGCGGUUAUUCAUUUCUCAUACAAACUUCCACCCUCUUUUCAUCCCCUUAAAGGAUGGGCAAUUGAUAAAAAUGCAUAAACAUUCUUUAUUUUGUACGAAAAGUUUAAUGAUAUAAGUAUUAACUAUUAGAUGCUUAUUUAAAGAACUUGAAUUGGUUUCCUUUACAAAUGUCCAUCCCCUUUUUACACCUUACGGGGGAGGAAGAGAGGAGAGGAUGACUUUUGGGAAUAGAAACUAUUCUUCCCAGCAACUAAGACUAUCUUCAUAUCAAAUUUCAUCUAAUUCGGUUUUAUUGGGUCCCAUACAAAUUUCCACUCCCUUUAGAGUUGAUUUUUGGGUUAACAACUAUCCUACGUCCUUCCCCAGGACUCAAACUAUCUCCAAGCCAAACUAUCUAAAUCGGUUCAGCUGUUAUUGAUUCUCUAUACAAACUUCCACCGCCUUAAAGGGUGAUUUCUGGAAUAAAAACUACCCUUUGUCCUUCCCGGGAACUCAAACUAUCUCUAUACCAAAUUGCAAAUAAAUUGUGCACCAGCGCCAGCGCGCGGGUUCGGGGCGGGCGGUGUUAUGCAGUUGUUGUUAUUUCCCCAUACAAAAUUCCACCCCCUUAAGGGAUGAUUUCUGGGAUAAAAACUAACCUGUGUCCUUCCUCGAGGCUCAAACAAUCUCUAUACCAAAUUUUAACUAAAUUGGUUCAGCCGUUUAAGCGUGAAGAGGUAACAGACGGACACACUUUCGCAUUUAUAAUAUUAGUAUGGAUGAUUCUGUGAUUUGCCCAAUAUUUCUAUCAUAGAAUCUGAAUAUAAAACAAAACUUAUUUUGUUGCUUAUAAUUUAAGUAGUAUAAAUAUAAUAGAAGGAUAUUUUUGACCAAAAUGCCAUUUUAAAAGAUACCAUUUUAAUUUAUGAACUAAAGUUAUGUAUUAUUUGUGGUACAAACAUAUGUACAUUUUUUAAACAAAAAUAUCACUACAUUUUUCUAUUCUAUUUUAUGUAUAGGUUAAGAUUAAUAAUGGCAUUUCAUCACAAUAUAAUUAAGGCAAGGUACUGUAAGGACCAUGCACUUAAUUAAACGGACAUAAGGAAUUAAAAGUGCAUUUUAUCAAAAUAUUUUAUCCUCGGGAAAGGCCAUCUGUCGUCAUGCUCAUGGCAUCCCUUGACAACCACUAUCAAAGAUUCUUCACAUAAGGUAGGGUUAGUUUUAUUUAGUAAUUGAUAUUUACUUUAUGCUAUCACAAAUAAUAGUGAACUCUAUGCCAUCGGCAUAAAGUUCAUCUUUUUCCAAGUAUGUGAUUGUGAAGUGAUUUUGAGAUUGGUUGUUGAGUCUUUUUGGUAGUACUAUUUAUUAGUCCUAUGUCCUAUGCCUAGUUUACACCUGACGGAUUAUCAUUUAAAGUUAUUGUCAUUGUGGUGCAAUGUGUUUGUUUAAUUAUCGUAUAAGUACUUGCAAAUACUUAGUUGUUAAUAAUUCUAAGAACCACAACGCGUGAUUUGAAUGUAUACAUGUGUGUUUUGCAGUUUUAUGUCCAUUCCAAGAGUAGUUAGUCUUAUGUUUUGUUUAAAAUAUCGUCAGGUGUAAACAAAGCAUUUAUUUCGUAAUUUGGAAAAUUUUGUAGCGGUUAUCGCAUAGUAGAAACAUAAUCAAUUUUAUAUUUUCCACUUACACCUUUGUACUAACAAUAAUGUUUUAGUAAUAAUAAAAUGCAUGAAUGUAAA